UUUAGCAUAUGACAUUUGGCGGCAGUGAUGCGAUAUUAGUGAGGUAUUCGAAGUGUUUGGAGGACGUGUAAAGACCAUUUUUGUCAUUGCAUUGAAAAUGUCGACUUUUGUGCCAACAAACGAACAUUUGCGAACGAGACGGGCGUAUAUCCACGGGCUUGCAUGCAAAUUUCCUCGCGCAAACUCAGUACUGAUCGCGGCAACUAGAAAUAUGUACACUUACGUCGUCAAGGUGACGCACUCGACUUCCUCGCUCAGUGCGACAUACGUGUACCUAUCUGAUGUACCUAUUACUGACAAUUGUCGAGUGAUCACUCCGACGAAAAUGUCCUUGCACUCGACACCUAUCCUGUACCUGAACAUGGGCGGCGAGAUGUUGUACGUCUUGCGACAAAGGCUGAAGGCGCAGCGGGUCGACGUCGAUAAAACGAUACAGGUGCUGGACGACGUAACCGCCGCUCUGCUCAACCCCAAGAUUCUAACGUCGAUAUUCGAGGAGUCGCCGAUGGUCGGAAUACCGCAAUUACGCUCCACCUUGGAGUGCGUCGCUCUCUCGUCCAUCAUGAAGCUUGACAAAAGCAGCAUGAACAAGCUCUUCGACCUGAUGAUCAUGAUGGUGAAGUAUCAAUUGACGGCAGCGACUGGACCCAGGGAAGUCAUUCUCAUCACGUUAAAUCACAUAGAUGCGAUGCGCGACAUGGUGAGCGACGUGAACGCGCAAAAAUGUGUUACCCUGGUGCAUCAGAUGAUCGUUGAUUUUUACGGCUGCCUGACCUUCGAUGAUGUUUGGAGCGCACGACAGAGUUGCUUGAAGGAGCUGGAGCCGUACAACAUACGAGUGUCGAUCCUUCUGCGUCGUGGGCUGCAGAACGAAGACGCCAGUUUCAAUAUGACACCGCACAAAUACAACGAGAAGUACACGGAACACGGGAACAGCCUGGCCAUCAUGAAGCUGAGGGACGUGAGCCCGGAAACGUGCUGCGGCGGGUCCUUUGGCACCUUCGGUGACAGAAAGACAUUGUUGGGCAAGAACAUAUACUUACCGACAUAUGGUAUGACGGACAACACGAAUCCACAGCGAGACAGUCAACAGUUCCUGAAAGACUGCGGCGCGAAAGCGGAAUUGAGUAUGUUAGCCGUUCAGUUAGGCACUGAAGAAACCAGCUACGAGAGACCGUUCACCCUCAAUUUAUUGUCGAACGAGGACGAGGAGAAUGCUAACAACGUAGACAACGAUGUCGAUGCUCAAGGGAAUAGAGUGAAGCGAAGUGACUCAAAGCCGAAGGUAAACGACGAUUACAAAGCUAAAUUGGAUGUGUACGCGAACUUAUUUGAGGACGAACAUGAGGGAUUGAAGCGCAGCAUGGAUCUCCUCGACCUUCUCGACGAGGUCGAGUAAUGAAGGACUUGAAGGACCUGACAUCGAGACGCAACGAAUCGCAAUUAUUUUUCCUGUAUUUUUCCUGCAUAUUUGUACACCGAUAUCGUGAUAUCCCUAUAAAUAAAUAUUACAUUUCCA